UAAAAAGAGUUAUAAAUUAAUCAUUUCAACUUUGGGCAAGGAGUCUAGGUGUUGUAUUUGUAGCCUGCACUUACAUAAACACAGCAAGGGACAGUUAACUAAUGAGUGGCUGGAGUGAGAAAUGGAAGCUCUAAGACUAUCUAAAACAUUUAAACAUAUUUUCCACAUAGGAGACCAUGCGGUUGUUGCCUUUGCUUUCUUACAACAGAGACAAGUCAGUAAAAGUCCAAAGGAAAGACUGAGGUUUUACAUUUCUGUUUGUGGUACAGGAAAAGGGUUACGAUCUCAGUGGUUGAUUCAGUGAAAUAACAUCUCCUUUAUACACAUCUGCCUAGCAAGUAGGGCGGUAUUUGGAAAUACCCAGGCUAUAGCAUUAAAGAUUUGCUGGCAAAUAGCAAAGGGAUUUUCUGCCGAGGAAAAAUUGUUAUAUUGAGUAGUCACUUUGCAUGCUUAGGAGUUAACAGACAAAUACCAAACAGCCUGGACUUACAGGGUAUUUUUUAUUUUGUAAAGUACUUAACAUACUGUGAAGUGGCUCAGCUGCAUUUUUUACAUCCAAGAUGUGACAGCAAUGAUUCUAAACAAGAAGAUACAGUUGUUAUUUGACUAUGGCCUAUGAAGAAAAACAGCCUUCCGCAGGAGUCAGGUUUUUCUGCCUCUGUUGACAUUUAGCCAUUGAGGAGUAGUGAAAGUUGUUGGCACUGUCAUGCCACAUAAAUGGGAAUAUGAGAGGAAAAAACUGAAGAUGGAUCGACAGAGCAGCAUUGGGAGCAGGAAAUCAAAGAAGUUUCGCUCCAUUUCAAGAUCACUCCUACUUUGUAAUGCCAGGAAUACUGAUGAUGGGUCAAGUCCAGAUGAGAAAUGCCCUGAUCCCUUUGAGAUUUCUGCCAACUGGGAUCGAAAGGAAAUUGACAGUUGCCCUAGACUACAAGCACCAUGCACUUCAGAACCAGAAGACAGCACUCCUUAUCCUCUUGCGAUCAAUAAGGCGCUGCAGCCCAAAGCUGAUGCGACGGAGAGCUGCAAGAAUAUGAAAAGAAAGUUCUUCAUCAAGGACGGCUGCAUCUGGAGGCUUUGCAUUGCCACUGGAAAUGAGGGCCUGGGGAUCCAAAUUGCUAGAAGCACUAACUGCACUUCUGUUGGCAAAGGGUUCACAGUCAGCCAAGUGAUCAAUGGAGGUGCUGCCCACAGGGAUGGUCGUCUAAGCGCAGGGGAUGAACUGUUAACACUGAAUGGACAAUCACUUAAAGAGCUCACCAGUAAAGAGGCUGAAUCUCUCAUUCAGUCAGCAACAGGCCUGGUGAAUUUGGUGAUUGCUAACAAGAAUUCACUAGGGGAAGCAGGCCAGAAUGAGGACGUGUUUUUUUAUGAUUUGGCAAUGGCGCCACCUGCUGCUGAAGAGGAAAGUUAUCAUUCAUUACCUCACUCUGAUAGGCUACCUCCAAACAGCUCCACUAAAACAAGGCUUCAGGAAGAAUCCUCAACAGGUGCCUAUAAUGAAAGGCCUAUUAAAUUGGAAAUACAAACUAAUUGUUUUGUGCACUCUAAAGCCAUCUGCCAAAGGACUCGCAGUAAUUCAACCAGUGUAAAUCCAUAUUGGAUAGGGGAAAUUGACUAUCCAGUGUCAAGGAAAUCAGCAGCAUACAGAGACAGACAGCCUCAUUCUCUCUACAGUAACCGGAAGUCACUCUCUCAGCAGCUAGACUGUGCAGUAGGAAGAGGUCCGCUAGCAGCAAGCACAGCCACUGUGACCACAGAAGCUGAAUGGCCAAUCACCUUGCUAGCCACAUAUGGAAACUGCAGUGCUGCUGAACUUGAAGAACUUUACACAGGCCCUUCUGCAGAGGCUGUUUCAAAACCUUCUAGAUCGCUGAGCACUGCUCAGUUAACACAUGCGUCUUGUGGCUCACCAGCUUCCGUAAUAUCAAACAUUGUUUUGAUGAAAGGCCAAGGGAAGGGGUUGGGCUUCAGUAUUGUUGGAGGGAAGGACAGCAUUUAUGGGCCCAUUGGCAUCUACGUUAAGACCAUCUUUCCAGGUGGAGCUGCUGCGGCUGAUGGAAGGUUACAAGAAGGGGAUGAAAUUCUGGAACUGAACGGAGAAUCAAUGCAUGGAUUAACGCAUUAUGAUGCUUUACAAAAAUUCAAGCAGGCCAAAAAGGGUCUCCUCACCCUGACAGUCAGGACAAGUCUUAACACCCCUUAUUCUGCCUCUAACUACCUAUCGUCUCACUUAUGCCCGUCUCUGAGCUCCAGCACUAAGAUAACCAAGGAAAACAGCUCUUUCAGUUCAGCUGGUGCUGCUCUCUUAUUAAACACCUCCAAGCCCAAUGACAGAGUUAUAAUGGAAGUUUCCCUGACCAAAGAAGCUGGUGUUGGCCUAGGAAUUGGCUUGUGCAGUGUCCCAUACUCCCAGUGCAUUUCAGGGAUAUUUAUUCAUACCCUCUCACCAGGCUCCGUGGCUCAUAUGGAUGGGAGGCUCAGGUAUGGAGAUGAAAUCAUAGAAAUUAAUGAAGCGCCAGUCCAAAAUAUGACACUUAAUGAAGUUUAUGCUCUUCUAAGUCACUGCAGUCCUGGUGCUGUGCAGAUUAUUAUUAGCAGACACCCUGAUCCACAGGUAUCCGAACAGCAGCUAAAGGAAGCUGUGGCACAAGCUGUGGAAAACAACAAAUUUGGAAAGGAGAGGCACCUAUGGAAUACCGAAGGUUUUAAAAGACUGGAAACUAGCUGGCAUGGCAGAUACCAGCAUGAAAAACACAUUGAGAAGACAACUGCUUCUUGCAACCACAGAGCUCAGAAAUUAAUGACCCGUUCCAGCAGCGACAGCAGUUACAACACCAGGUCAACGUGCAAUAAUGGCACCACAUACCAGCUUGCUGACUUGAAGGCAAAAGUACACAGUGUCGACGUACCAAUUAGCAGAAAGCCUGGCUUGCUGGAUUCAUUGCCUGGAACCAGUUUGGAGAACCAUUCCUCUCCCACUGGCCACGAAGCAGACCAUCCCUCUCAGAAUGUAAAAAGAUCUUCAGAGAUUCUUGUUAGAAAACCUAAAUCAUCAAAGCCCAAACCUCCACCCAGGAAGUAUUUUAAACAAGACUGCACAGACACUGACCAGUGUAACACAGACAUGAAAGAGAAGUCUAUGCUACAGGAUGAUGGGAGCCCAUCUUCUGCCAAUGUUCAGGAAGGAGACCUGCUGCUACAGGGAAAUAAAACAGUUAUAACCCACAGUCUCUCUGCAACUUCUAUAACAUCAAGAGGUACUGAACACUCAGUUGUAGUGGCAGCAAACAGAGACCAAGAAAGGAAAGCAAAUCCAGGGAAUCCUCUCUCAUCAGUACAAAGGCCUGUUCUUAGAAGACAAGCACGGGUAGAUUACAGUCUUGAUACUCCAGCAGAAGACCCCUGGGUGAGAAUUUCUGAUUGCAUCAAAAGCUUGUUUAAUCCUACGAUGAGUGGAGAAAGCAGUCACUUAGAGUUGGACCCCAACAUCAACGCAAACGAAGAAAAUGGAGGUCCCAGCUGUCCGGAAGUGGUGCUGCAGACAUCAGAAGCAGAAACAGAUGCUUCAAAAGCACACAAAUCAGAUGAAAGUGACAUGGGGAAAAAGGGCCCUCCAGUAGCACCUAAACCAGCCUGGUUCCGCCAAAGCCUCAAAGGUUUGAAGAAAGGAAAUUCACUUAUCAGCACACGGGCAGAUCAAAGUUCCACUGACCCCCCGAGUCCUUCUGGCAAAGAAUGGGGCUCCAGUUUAUCACGGGCCUCACCCAGAGGAUCAUCAAUAAAGCAGAGAAUAAACUCAUUUGAAACUUUCAGUGCUCCUCAGUCUCCUGAAAAAGGAAACAGAAAAACUAGCCCAAAGCCAUCAUUCCAGAAAGAAAAUUCUCCCAGCCCACAGUCCUCAUUCUGGAAGGAAAGCUCUCCCAGCCCAAAGCCAUCAUUCCGGAAAGAAAAUUCUCCCAACCCACAGUCCUCAUUCUGGAAGGAAAGCUCUCCCAGCCCACAGUCAUCAUUCCGGAAGGAAAGCUCUCCCAGCCCAAAAGAGCCAGAAUCACCUGCAGUUAAUUCAAACCAAGCCGCUUAUAAUCAAGGUUCUGAUAACAGACAACUACAAUCAACUCCAGCUGUGGUUUCAAAGACACAGAGCCUGGACAGAUCCUGCUCUCCCACAGAGGCACUUGCUCCUAGUCCAAAGAGAAGCAACAGCACAAGUACUGAAAUUUCCUUGGACUUAUUACCUUCGCAAGCCACAGAACUUCACUGCCCAGUAGCAAAAGCUCAGAGCCAAAGAACACGAAGCUUCCCCCUUACUGCUAGCCAGUCUUGUGAAAUGAAGACACAUGAUGAAAAAUACAGCAAAAUCUAUUCCAUCAGCAGUCAAGUGUCCUCUGCUUUAAUGAAAUCUUUGCUUUGCCUUCCUCAGUCACCGAUCAUUUCUGGGAACAAUCCAUGGAGCACUGUGGAAGCAUCACCUCAGUCCUCCACGGAAGAGAAUGGAGCCCCUCACUCACCUGCGAGUGAGAGUCAUCAUUCAGACACUGGAUUUUCUCUUAACCUCUCUGAACUGAGAGACUAUACAGCGAGUUUAACAGACAGCGGGAAAGAGGAAGAGAAACUGGAACCCUGCUCAUCUCAAGCAUCUGGUGUAUCUGGGCAGUCAGUCAUCUCUCUGCUUUCCCCUGAAGAAUUGAAGAAGCUUAUAGAAGAAGUAAAAUCACUAGAUGAGGCUACCUUGAAGCAAUUUGAUGAUAUUCAAGUUACAAUUUUACAUAAAGAAGAAGAUGCUGGUCUUGGAUUCAGCUUGGCAGGAGGAAUCGAUCUAGAAAACAAAGUUGUUACUGUUCACAGAGUAUUUCCUAAUGGACUAGCAUCUCAGGAAGGAACCAUCCAGAAAGGAGAUGAAGUUUUAUCCAUUAAUGGAAAGUCUCUUAAAGGUGCCACUCACAACGAUGCCUUGGUGAUCAUGCGCCAAGCCCGACAGCCAAGACAAGCUGUCGUAGUGACUAAAAAAGCUACAGAGGAAGAAAAAAGUUUUAAUGUUUCACUUGACUCCACUACUUAUUCUACAGAAAGUGAAACCUCCACAGAAGCCUCAACUGAAGACACAGUCCUCACGGUAACUCUGGAAAAGACACCGGCUGGCUUAGGAUUCAGUCUGGAAGGCGGGAAAGGCUCCAUCCAUGGAGAUAAACCCAUUACCAUCAACAGGAUUUUUAAAGGAGCAGCAUCAGAACAAAGCAGUCCUGUUCAGCCUGGUGAUGAGCUAUUGCAGCUGCACACAACUGUACUGCAAGGACUCACCCGUUUUGAAGCUUGGAAUAUCAUCAAGGCAUUACCCGACGGGCCCAUCACUGCCAUCCUCAAGAGGAAAAAUCCAAGUUCUGUUCCCGCCAAAUCAUCUGAAACUUUGCCAGGAGAAGAAUGAAAUGGCUGCCAAUUUUAAAACAAACUCAAAACAUUCAUUACUCAAAGCCAUAUGCCAACAUGCCACAGAUAUUGUGAAAGUACUGACGAUCAUAUUGCAAGUUGUCUUUGCAACCUCAAAGCAAGCUGUCCAGAAUAAAAGGAUAUAAAGUGCUCACAAUUCCUUUCACAAUAUUCAUAAUCGGCCGUUGCCAGUUGUAGAAUGCUAAAAAGGUCUUAAUCUAAUGGGUGAAAUAAAACGUAUGACAAUU